AUGUUUGCUGUUCCUGGCUGGUCAGUCUCGAGCUCUGCUCUUAAGCAGCAGACUGAGCCCCAGUCCCAGGCUCAAAAUGAACAGAAGCAAGAUGAGACCCCCAAGCCUGGGGCAAAGUCCAAUAAGCGCAAGCGUGGAAAGGAGAAUGUCACCAAGGGUAACGUGGAUGAAAUGUUCCGCCGAGUGAUUGAGGGUCAAGAAAGUAAAACGGACAAGAAACGGAAGAAGGAUCCCAAACCUAAGGAGGGAAGCGGCCUGGAGAAAUCACAACCGGUGAAUACAUCAGAGGUUGGGGAUGCGGGGAAAGGAAACAAGAGAAAGAACAAGAGAAAGGACAAGGCAAAGGAUAAGCCUCAGACAGAGGAGGGCAAAUCUUCUGCUGUCGAAGAAGCAAACUCUCUGUCUUCAGCUCCGCCGCCGACGACGACUGCAAUCUUGACACCUCUCCAGCAAGCAAUGCGCCAGAAGCUGAUCUCUGCUCGGUUCCGCCAUCUCAACGAAACCCUCUACACCACGCCUUCUUCGCAGGCACUGGAGCUGUUUGACAAGAACCCGGAGUUUUUCCAGGAGUACCAUUCCGGAUUUGCUCGGCAAGUCAAGGAGUCCUGGCCCUCCAACCCAGUCGAUGGCUACAUCAAAUCCAUCAAGACCCGCGGGGCGAUCCAUUCCGCGCCCAAAAGGUCCGGCAGCCAGCCAGAUGCUUCUUCUCGCCCUCAACUGCGCCCACUGCCCAGACGGCCCAACGGCCUCUGCACAAUCGCCGAUUUGGGCUGUGGAGAUGCCCAUCUCGCCCGCUCGUUGACCCCGUCCGCGAAGAAGAUGAAGCUCAAGCUGCAGAGCUACGAUCUGCAAGCGCCGGACCCGCUUAUCACCAAGGCAGACAUCGCAAAUCUUCCCGUGGAGGACGGAAGCGUCGAUGUGGCCAUCUUUUGCCUGAGCCUGAUGGGCACCAACUGGGUGUCGUUCGUCGAAGAAGCCUGGAGGGUGCUGCGCGGCGACGGUAAGGGCGAGUGCUGGGUCAGUGAAGUGAAGAGCCGGUUCGGAAAGAUUACGCGCAAGAAGGCCCAGAUCGGCGCCAAGAAAGCUCCCACCAAGGCGGAGCUGAAGAAGCUGAAGAAAGCGAAACGCGGCGGCGGCAACAAUGAUGGAGACGACUCCGACGUCGAGGACGCGGAGAUCUACGCCGAAGAUGCCCGCCCCCAGGAGGGCGCAGAUGAGACGGACAUCUCUUCUUUCGUCGAGGUGUUCCGUACACGCGGGUUCAUCUUGAAACCCGAAUCGGUCGACAAGUCGAACAAGAUGUUUGUGCGGAUGGAGUUUGUCAAGCAAGGCGGUGCCCCCUCCAAGGGCCAACAUGCUUCCCUGGCGGCGGCUGGCACGGGCAAGAAGAAAUUCAUUGACAAGGUGCCUGUGGGAGGCAACAUGACACCCGAUGAAGAGGCCAAGGUUCUGAAGCCGUGUGUGUACAAGAUCCGGUAG